AUGGGUAAAGUAAAAAAGGAGCCCGUUGAACAAGAUGAGCAAGACGUAGCAGACGUUUCAAUGAAAACCGAGCCACAGGGUUAUGAUGAAAAAGUUGAACAUUGCGCCGUGAUUGCAAAGCCUAUGGCGCCGAAAAAACUUAGCAAAAAGAUUUACAAACUAAUAAAGAAGUCAAGUUCCCACAAAAACUAUAUUAGAAACGGCUUAAAAAUCGUACAGAAGCAGUUACGAUUAGGUGAAAAAGGACUCGUAUUUUUUGCCGGUGACAUCUCCCCCAUUGAAAUCAUGUGCCACUUACCAGCUGUGUGCGAAGAGAAAGAUGUUCCGUACUGCUACACACCAAGCCGCAAAGACAUUGGAGCUGCUAUGGGCACCAUGAGAGGGUGUAUUAUGGUGCUAGUAAAACAACAUGAUGACUAUAAAGACUUAUACGAUGAAGUAAGAAGUGAGAUGAAAUUGCUCGGACAUCCACUUUAG